CCCGAGGCCGCCGAGGAGCCGCCAAGGAGGAGCCAGGAGCCGCCGGGCCUGUGUGUAUCUGACUGGGAGCAUGAAGAGCAGGUGUCUCUAGGCCAGGAAAGAUGGCGGAUAAGCGAAAACUCCAAGGUGAGAUUGAUCGCUGCCUCAAGAAGGUGUCCGAAGGUGUCGAGCAGUUUGAGGACAUUUGGCAGAAGCUCCACAACGCAGCAAAUGCCAACCAGAAGGAGAAGUACGAGGCUGACUUGAAGAAGGAGAUAAAGAAGCUUCAGCGACUGAGGGACCAGAUCAAGACAUGGGUAGCUUCCAACGAAAUCAAGGACAAACGGCAGCUCGUAGACAACCGCAAGCUCAUCGAGACGCAAAUGGAGCGGUUCAAGGUUGUAGAGCGGGAAACCAAGACCAAAGCGUACAGCAAGGAGGGGCUCGGCCUGGCCCAGAAAGUGGACCCGGCCCAGAAGGAGAAGGAGGAGGUUGGCCAGUGGCUCACGAACACCAUCGACACCCUCAAUAUGCAGGUGGACCAGUUUGAGAGUGAGGUGGAGUCGCUGUCCGUGCAGACGCGAAAGAAGAAGGGGGACAAGGACAAGCAGGACCGGAUCGAGGGCUUGAAGCGGCACAUCGAGAAGCACCGCUACCACGUGCGCAUGCUGGAGACCAUCCUGCGCAUGCUGGACAACGACUCCAUCCUGGUGGACUCCAUCCGCAAGAUCAAGGACGACGUGGAGUACUACGUGGACUCCUCGCAGGACCCCGACUUCGAGGAGAACGAGUUCCUCUACGACGACCUGGACCUCGAGGACAUUCCGCAGGCGCUGGUCGCCACGUCGCCCCCGACCCACAGCCACAUGGAGGACGAGAUCUUCAACCAGUCCAGCAGCACGCCCACCUCCACCACGUCCAGCUCCCCCAUCCCGCCCAGCCCGGCCAACUGCACUACGGAAAACUCUGAAGACGACAAGAAGAGAGGACGGUCUACGGACAGCGAAGUGAGCCAGUCUCCGGCCAAGAACGGCUCUAAGCCCGUCCACGGCAACCACCACCCGCAGUCCCCUGCCGUGCCGUCCAGCUACCCGGCCGGUCCUGCCCCCGCACCCCCGGCCCUGGGCAAUGGGCCGGGCAGCAACGGGGCCCCUGCUGCACCUCCCAAGGCCAACCCC